UUGAACCUGUUUCGUUGCUGUUGUGUGAACUUAAGGGGCUCUAAGUAACUUCCUGUUACUAUAAGAAAUCUAAUUUGUAUAUUUAAGUUUUUGUAUGAGCAUCUGUGCGCUGGCUGUUUCUUCUUCUUGCUGGCCAUCCCCGCAGACACAUCUGAUCCCCCUCCUCUCCUUGCAAAUCGAACAUCACCACAAGGUCCUCUGGGGGGAAAAAAGAGGAUCUUCGUGUUGUGGUUUUGAGGGAGAAGGGGGAGUGAAAGAGAAGAAUACCUGACGUGUUUGCCUCAGCUACCAGCAGCAGACGGAGACCCUCUAAACCUACACCUACCUACCUACCUGCCUACUGGCUGGGGAGCUGCCUGCAUCCGAUAAGGGAUCUCAGUCCGCAAAAUCAAGUUUGGAGGAAAGGGGUGUGGAGAAAAGAAGUCGAACUGGAGAGAGGGAGAAAGAGAGAAGAGACACCGAGGGAGGGGAAAAGGUCAGGGACACGGGGGGUUUAUCGCACUGCCAGAAAUAAGGAGAGUGUCUACACAAACGGUUUGGCAGACGAAACCAAGGAAACCAAGUGAAAUAAACCAGCAAGCCCUCUCUCCCACAAGGACAAGUGUGGACUUUUUUAACACUUACUAACUUCUUCCAGGAACACUUUCUCUGCGUCGGUGAAGUCCGAGCAACAUCGCGAAUUGUGGACCGUGCGUAAUUUGGAGAGUUUAUUGCCACGCUGCGUCAGGAUGCGCGUCUGUCCGCUGCUCGUCUUCUUCUGUCUGCUCUGCGCUGGAUGCGCGCAGAAGUUCUCCGCUAUCACGUUCCUGCGGGUGGAUCAGGAUAAGGAGUGCAACAUGGAAUGCAGCGGAGCUCCUCGGAAGCCCCUGUGCGCCUCCGACGGCAGGACCUUCACAUCUCGCUGCGAGUUCCUCCGAGCCAAGUGCCGCGACCCCCAGCUGGAGGUCAUCCGAGGGCCAUGCAAAGAUACGUCCAGAUGUGUUGCAGAGAAGAAGUACACAGAGCAGCAGGCCAAGAAGCUCUUCCCGCAGGUCUUUGUGCCUGUGUGCAACCCUGACGGCACGUACAGCGAGGUUCAGUGCCACAGCUACACUGGAUACUGCUGGUGUGUCACCCCUAAUGGCAGACCCAUUAGUGGCUCUGCAGUGGCCAAUAAAAAACCUCGAUGCCAAGGUUCAAAACAGGAGAGAGCAACCACAAGAGAGCCAGGUAAAGCAGUCUCCUUGCAAAUAUUCUCCAUUCUAAAUGCAGAUGACACGGGAGUAGUGGUGGAUCCGCAGCCCGCCGGCGAUGACGAAGACAUCAUUUCCCAGUACCCCACUCUGUGGACGGAGCAGGUUCGCAGCCGACAGAACAAUAGAACCAGAGCGCCAUCCUCAUCGUGCGACCAGGAACAGCAGUCUGCCCAGGAGGAGGCGAGGCAGCACAAGAACGAUGCUGUAUUUGUACCCGACUGCGCCCAAGGGGGACUCUACAAACCGGUCCAGUGCCACCCCUCCACCGGAUACUGCUGGUGUGUGCUGGUGGACACAGGCCGACCCAUACCCGGGACCUCCACCAGGUACGAACAGCCAAAAUGUGAUGGCAACGCCAGGGCCCACCCAACUAAACCUAAGGAUCAUUAUAAAAGCAGACAUCUCCAAGGCUGUCCCGGGGUAAAGAAAACAGAGUUUCUGACAAGCGUUCUUGACGCGCUGUCGACAGACAUGGUGCACGCUGUCACAGAUCCCGCAUCCACCGGAAGGAUGUCUGAGCCAGACCCCAGCCACACCCUGGAGGAGAGGGUCGUCCACUGGUAUUUCAGUCAGCUGGACAAAAACUCCAGUGGAGACAUCGGGAAGAAGGAGAUAAAGCCCUUCAAGCGCUUCCUGCGCAAGAAAUCCAAGCCAAAGAAGUGCGUGAAGAAGUUUGUGGAGUACUGCGACAUCAGCAACGACAAGGCCCUGUCUCUGCAGGAGCUGAUGGGUUGCCUCGGGGUGACAAAGGAAGAAGGGACCAAACCAGGAGAAAGCUUGCCUUCCAGUAAACUAAGUCCCUCGAAGAAGCAAGGCUAAAGCCCAAGGACUGAGAUUUCCCCUCUCGUACGGAGAAUCUGCCCUCACCAAUCGGCAAUAACGGAAACCAUAGUAUUUGCACUUUGUACUUUAAAAAGAAAUGUAAAUUCACUUUGUAGAAAUAAGGUAUUUAAACAGACUGCUGAAUCUGUGAAUGAUGUAGUUAGCUUUUGACGUCCUGACGAGCAAAAACUAUUUAACACAUACAAUGUAUGUGUCCUUUGUGUGUCUAAAAAGUGUACUUUUCAACGUUGUACAAGUUUUCAUGUUUGAUGUCGCAUUUUGUGCCCCUGUAUCCCCGGUUUACUUCUCCUCUCAUGCCGAUGAUAUUAAAUAGUUUUUUUUUUUUUUUUU